AUGCCUCAACCCUACCUCCUCCAAGAGCACUCCCACUCAACACAAGUCCCACCCGCUAUCUGGUCGCAAUGGUACACUGAAGAGCGCAACCGCGACAUGGUCCACUUCGGGAUCUGCAAGACCGCCGCCUUCUACCGCGCCACUUCCGACACCCUUGGCAUGCAAACAUCCGGUCCGUUUGCGUUCAUCAAGAACUCCGCAAUGAUGAGGUUUGGAACUGCGACUUCAGGAGAGGAGGGCGGUGGCGAAGCGUAUCUUGCUUGGUAUCAGACAGAUCGGAGGCGUUGCUUGGAGUGUCCCGAAUACGAAAUUCACGUACGCCAGACGAAUGAGCUGUGGGAUGCGGAAAGCAUUUGUCAUGAUGUGGGUAGCUUCGAAAUUGCCGACCUGGAGCUUGUGGAAGUGCAUGACGUGUAUGGCCCAAGGGAAGAGGGUGAGGGUACGGCAGCACCGCACAUCAUCCAUUGCAAGCUUGAAAAAAGCCAGGUUUCGGUUGUGAUAAGCGAAGCAUCCCAAUUAGACGGAUAUCGGAGAAGCUUGGUCUAUAAGCUGGCAAGUAGUGAGCAGAGCCUUGCUUCUGCCGGCCGUGAGGGCGAGAGUGUGGUGGCGGAUGAUGCGGUUGCUCCUUCGGAUUUAUGGAGCGUUGUGUGCGAGUACAGCACGCGAGAUCUGGGUGCCAGACUCGACGAGGUCAUGGAGUCUGUGCGUCGCGAGGCCCGCACCGCGGCACUUGUAGGAGACCUGUGA